AUGAUAUUUUCAAGUACAAAUUUCAAAUACCUAUGGCACCAUCCAGUGACGAAAAUUAUUAAAUCAUUCUGGUUCUUUUAUUGUCUGGCUAUCUUCAUUGUGAUAGCUAGAUUUGCUCCCAAUUUUGCUAGAGAUGGCGGUCUUAUCAAAGGUCAAUACAGUAUAGGAUACGGUGCAGUCGCAUGGAUAUUUUUACAGAGUGGAUUAAGUAUGUCCACCAAAAAAAUUUUAGCAAAUAUUUCAAACUGGAGAGCUCAUCUAACAAUAGCUACAAUGAGUUUUUUAAUUACGUCUUCUAUCGUGUACGGAUUUUGUGUUGCGAUCAUUAAAUCUAACGAUAAUAACAUUGAUAAAUGGGUUCUAAUGGGUAUAAUCACCACUAUUACUUGUCCGACGACAGUGGCUUCGAAUGUAAUUAUGACGCAUGAUGCUAACGGGAACGAUUUACUCUGUGUUUGUGAAGUUGUAUUAGGAAACUUAUUUGGUGCAUUCAUUACUCCUGCUUUGGUUCAAAUGUACACUAGCAAUGAUCUAUUUUCAUUUGGUGAUCCUUCUAGUGGUGGUUCUAUCAGUGCAUUAUAUGGCCGUGUUAUGAAGCAAGUCGGUCUCUCUGUAUUUGUUCCAUUAUUUGUUGGACAAUGCAUUCAAAAUGUUUUCCCCAAACAAACAUCUGCAUAUAUAGGUUUCCUGAAAAAAUAUAAUAUUAAGAUUGGAUCAUACAUGUUAUUAUUGAUCAUGUUUAGUUCAUUUUCAACUGCAUUUUAUCAAAAGUCAUUUACCAGCGUUUCUCACAUCUGUAUUGUAUUUGUUUGCUUAUUCAACCUAGGUGUUUAUCUAUUUUUCACUUUGGUUUCAUUUUGCAUUGCGAGACCUUUCUUUCUUUUAAAAUUGUUCCCAGAGGAUCCUGUCAAAGGGAAAUGCUCAAACUUAUAUUACUAUUCCUAUAAGGUUUUUAGACCAUUUUAUUACAACAAGAAAGAUACAAUUUGCAUUAUGUAUUGCGCACCUGCUAAAACAGCUGCUCUGGGUGUAUCUCUAAUCACAUCCCAAUAUGGUAAUCACAAGGAACAUUUAGGGAAAUUACUAGUCCCUUUAGUGUUAUAUCAAGGUGAACAAGUCCUAACUGCUAACUUCUUUGUUCCUAUCUUAAAAAGAUGGGUGAAGGACGAAAUCGAACAGGACAAAUUACGUGAACAAGAAGAAGCUGACGACGAAAAGACUUUAUCUGGAACUUCAGAUCUAGAAAAAUUACCUACCACUGAUAUUGAUAGACAAACUGUUUCAAGUUCUGAAUCAUCUACAGUUUAG